CGUGCCUUGUCAUGUGACCAACAGCUCCUGUGCUGUUUCGCUUUCUGCUGUGACCGAGAAGUGUCACAUUUAUUUACUAUUGUUUCCUGCAUUUGCAUAGUAUAAGUAGAAAAUAUCGUAAAAUGAUAGUUCGAUAACCCUCAUCUUCAUCCCGGUUUAUUUGCUAUAUGUUUUAUCUGCCUAUGUUACUGUUAAUGACUAGUAGCAGGCCUCAACCAUGAUAGCAACUGAAGGGUCCCCGCGGAUGUGUUUAUGAACCGGAGUGUCAUUGGCUCUUAGUUCGGAAUACAGGGUUCGUUACCAAAGUAAUGAUUUGGGUAAGACAUCCGAUUACACAAAUAAUCUAACAGGCACCCUGACGCGUGGUGGCAAGAAGUCAUUAACUAGUUUUGCAUGUCAACACAAACGGACUUCGACUGUUAUAAUGAACGGCACACCUCUUAAUGACACCAAGAGACAGCACCUUCUGGAAAGGCUGUUGGAUGCUGUUAAACAGUGUCAAAUCCGCUUUGGGGGACGGAAGGAGAUUGCGUCUGAUUCAGACAGCAGGGUGAUAUGUCUGUGUGCCCAGUUUGAGGCAGUGCUCCAGCAUGGUCUGAGGAAGAGCAGGGGCCUGGCUCUCACUGCUGCUGCCCUCAAACAAGUGGCAGGAUUCUCCAGCAAGACUGAAGCAGAAUUGACGUUCUGGUUCUAUGUGAAGGAGCACCUGAACCGCCACGAGCUGCAGAGGUUCUACUCCCUGCGCAACAUCUCCUCUGAGCUGGGCCGUGGCCGGGCCUGGCUGCGCUGUGCCCUCAACGAGCACUCCCUGGAGAGAUACCUGCACACACUGCUCUCUGACACAACACGCCUCAGCACCUACUAUGAAGACUGGGCCUUUAUCCUGGAUGAGGAGCGAGCCAGCAUGCUGCCCACGAUGGCUGCAGGCCUGAACUCUAUUCUGUUUGCCAUCAACAUCGACAACAUGGACCUGAACGGGGGGGUGACCCGGCCCGGGGGCUCCUCCGUGUCCCACCUGCUGAAGGAGUCCACCCAGGGCAUAGGGAGCUUGUGGAAGGAGUCUACCCAGGGAGUGAGCUCUCUUCUCAGGGAGAUCAGCACUGCCACGGCCGUGGUGCCCGGCUUCUCCCCGCGCCCCGAUGGAUCCUCCGACCCACUGCCUGUUCUGCCACGAAGCGCCUCUGCAGACUCUGGCCUGAGGAAGGAGCGGCGGAGGAAGAAGAAGAUCACCAACAUCAUCUCGUUUGAUGACGACCUGGACGGAGGGGCUGAGGAUGAGGAGGAAGGGGAGGACGAGGCGGGGAGGAUGAGCACGAGAAAGAGUCCCACCGCUCCCCAGGGGAGUGUGGAGGAGGCUGUGGAUCCACUGGAGCCUGCCUUCUCCCUCUUUUCUGCCCACAAUGGGCUCUCCGAGCCUGGGAUUGUCAGCUGGGCUGGAUCCCCCCCUCCCUCCAGAACUCCACUGCCAGACACCAAGAGUGUUGAUAAUGAGGAAGAGGAGGAGGAGGAGGAAGUGGAGGUUUACAAGGGCAGAGCAGACACACAACCCAUCCCUGAACAAGUGGUGGUGGGCAGCCUAUCCAGCGUGUCCACGUGGAGCCCCCUACAGAUCAUGACUGAACAUGACAUCUCGGACAUCCUCAUCCCAGUCACAUCCACUGACACCUACCCUCAACCAGCCAGCUCUGUGGAGGACACAGUAACACUUCCUGUCAAGGCCCCGCCCCCAGCCCUACCUGUCUCUAGUGACUGCAGUGUGUCUCAGCUACAGUUCAGUAUGGAGUCCAGUCCGCCAACCCAUAAAGCCCAGCUCUCCAGUGUGCUGUCCACGCCAGGUCUGCCAGAGUCUAUGACAGUGGUGGAGCUUCGGCAGGCCAUCGUAGCCAUGAUGAACCGGAAGGACGAGAUGGAGGAGCAGAACACGUCCCUACGCAGCCUGCUGGAUGGGGAGAUGGAGUACUCUGCGGGGCUGAGGCAGGAGACAGACAGCCUGGGGAGACGCCUGGAGGAGCUGGAGGAUAGACACACGGUCAAGGUCCAAGCUCUAGCCAGGGAGAACGAGGUGCUCAAGGUCCAGUUAAAGAAAUAUGUGGGGGCUGUCCAGAUGCUGAAGAGAGAAGGGAGCCAGGGCAAUGAUGCUCUGCCAAUGUUGAGGCCCAGUGAGAGCCCCCCCCCGACCCCUCAGAACAGGUCGAUGGGGGACAUUGAGGAGCUGGCCGCCAGCUAUGAACGCAAACUCAUCGAGGUGGCUGAGAUGCACGGGGAGCUGAUUGAGUUUAAUGAGAGGCUUUACCGUUCUCUCAUGGCUAAGGACCACCUCAUUGUCCAGAUGAGACAGGAGCUCAUUGACCUCAGAGGCCCGGUUCCAGGUGACCUGAGUCAGACAUCAGAUGAUCCUAGUUUAUCAGACUUUGAAACGGCACACCGUGCUCUAAUCAACGUUUGGAUCCCCUCUGUUUUCCUGCAAGGACGAGCCGCUAAUGCGUACCAUGUCUACCAGGUGUACAUCCGUAUCCUUGACAACGAGUGGAACGUCUACCGGCGCUACACUGAGUUCCGGGCGCUUCACAGCCACCUACGAACACAGUUCCCUCAAGUAGACACCUUCAACUUCCCUCCCAAAAAAGCCUUAGGAAACAAGGAUUCAAAGUUUGUGGAGGAGAGGAGGAAGCAGCUGCAGACGUACCUCAGGAUAGUGAUGAACAAGCUGAUCCAGACUCUCCCAGAGUUCUCUGCUCGGCCCACCAAGGAGACACUGCUUCAGCUGUUGCCUUUCUGCCUUGACACACCUCUGGCCAGUGAGGGAGGGGCCAAGACUGCCAGGUCCAAGGCCUCGUCACGUUUCCCCAGACUGGGCCGCGGUCGGAACCAGGAAACUCGUAACCCCGAGCCCCAAAGCGGUGACCUUUAACCCUUUUGCCACAGAACCUCUGACCUCCUACCUGAUUAACUGAUACCAAGGAGGUGGAUCCAUGUGCUCCACAUGGAUUGGUGCAUUGACACAGUAUUGAAGGUUAUCAUUGGCUAAAACACGGUGGUUUCUCCUGGACUGUCGGAGCCAAAGAGAGGUGUUCUACUGGCCUACACUGCCUACAGAAUGAGCCUAUGCUGACGACAGUGGGAGCUUCAACCUGUAACCUGCUAUAUUCCUUCAAGCCCUGGAGCCGGAAGGGAGGAGCAAGGCUCUACUCUUCUAGACUCUAUGCUCACCUUCAGGCCCUAUCUACCACCUGUGGCUGGCCAGUAUACAACCAGGCUUCUCUGACUAUAUCCUGCACGGAAGAGGGGGAUGAGGAAGAUGAAUCGUAUACGGAUACAUCAGGGGGAUUGUUCUCUCCUGACCACACCUGAACUUGCUGACCCACAUUGAUUACUGGAUUUCUCAUUUUAAAAACUGUUCCAUGGUCAUAGUGCCUACAGUGCUUUGUAAUUAAUUGCCAGUGUUUAGGGGAUAGGUAGAGGGAGAGGUUGAGAUACCAUGUGUUUUUCAUGGUACACAAAGAUUAGUUGUUUUGGGUGAAUGUCAGCAUUUUUGUGCCAUUAAGGAUUUGAAUGUCAUUCUUGUUGUCUGGCAUCGGUUGCUUGAUGAUGCAAUCUUAUUUGUAUUUUUUUUUUUACUUCUGUUACAGAAUGAUAAUCUGCACAAAUAAUGUACUCCAUUUAUCUAUAGUCAGUACUUUAUUAAAGGCUGUUAUAACACAACUGGACUGAAGAGAUCCAGCAUUCGCCAUGACUGUGAAACAUGAUGUGACUUAGCAUAGAUGCAGUCUACAGCAGAGCCAUGUGAGGCUCCUUUGAUGAAGAAUCUUCAUUGGCAUGUUUCUUAAGUCUAGGAGAAGCCUGAGGAGGACCUCAGUUGUCUGAUAAGAGCAUUGACUCCUCUUUGUUCAACAGAAUUUAAUGUGUAGAAUAUUAGAGACUACAGCUCUCUAAAUAGUAUGUUAUAUCAGUCAUGCCAUAUCUUUCAGUUUUGUAUUGUUUAAUUUAAAAGAAAUCUGCUUCGAAGUACAAAAUCAAGGAAAAUAUUUAAUCAUUAUUUAGUCAUUUACCCCUCUUGUCUAGGACAAGGUAUUGCAUUUUUGGUUUAAAGAUUUGGUUGUUGCUCUGCACCAACACAAAGGACCCUGAGUCUCUGUGGGUAUCUGGGAAACAGGUUGUAAGACUGAAGACUAUUUACCACAGUAGGUGAAUGUUUUAAGGAUUACAAACUGCUUGUACAGAGGGUACCUAAACAGUUGAGAUACUGGUAUAUCUUUUCUAAUAUGGACCCUCAUGCACAGACAUUAGCCUAGAGGAUCCAGAGAGGACAAUUAAUUCCACGUGUGUGUAUGCAGAACUUUUUUUGAAGGUCUGCUCAGACAUUAUUAUCACUACCAUAUUACUUUCUGUUAAAGGAAGUGAAAACAGGAAGCAAACUGUAUACUGUGGUGUUGUACAACUGUAAACUUUGUUUGAUAACACGUAGAAUUGAAUCUCCAAACUGUGUUGUAUAAUGAUUUGCACAGACUCAACCAGUUGUUAACAGUUUUGGGCUAACAAUAGUUAUAUGAUAUUUGAUAGGGAUUUGUAUAAUGCCUAAAUUCCUUUGUCAGAUGUUAAAUCUAUUUCCUUGUCUCCUUUAUAUGGAGAAUGAUUCUAUUGGAAGCUCAGGGUUCCACCCCAGGUCAGCUUCCAGUCAGCUGUCCUAUCAAAUAAAAUGAAACCCUGACAAGUAGAAGAUUUAGUCGAAGAUUGACAACAAAUGUGAAAUAUGCUCUUUAUCAAAUACCACUCAAUGAGCAGAUGACACAAUAAUUCAACAUUAAACAAACAACUUUUUAUUCAUCCUGACAAAUGGCUAUGCUGUUGCAAAUUGCAAAAGGAAUCGAGUUCACAAAACAUGAAAUCGGAGCAGUGAUGCAUCUGAAUCAUUGGUUUUAGCUGCUUUAAUUAAACAAGGCUGAUCUCACAGUCCUGCUCACCCCGUGUAUUGUGAGUUCAACACAACGCCACAUCUCACCCUCUCUUGCAGUCGAUCCAUCUGUCGCCACAGAAUCACAUUCUGGAGGUACAGCAGUGGUUUGCCAUAAGUCAGCAGCACAAUCUUUUCCGUGUUGCUGUAAACUCAGACUUCCACUUUUCCAAAGCUUCCACUUCCUAGGUCCCCCUCUGUAGACCCAAAUACAUGGAUACCAAUACUUGUAUGGUUUUAGGUAUUUGAGAGUAUUUGAGUUGUUUUGCCUUAGCUCAGUUAUGAGAGACUGAGGAAUAAAGGACCACAUGUAUUCUGUACAUAGAUUUUAAA